AUAAAAUAACAAAAGUAUUUACUGUAUAAAAGCGAAUGGUCCUAUAAAGAAUAUUAGUUUCCUCUAAGAUUCUUUACAAGAUGUUUAAGUACUUUAUUAUUUUUUGUGUGUUGAUUUGUGUUUGUUUGGGUGAUGAUUUUCAUAAAAAAAAUCAUAAAAUUAAGUAUAUAAAGAAAAAACACCAUUUUCCUCAUCAUUUAAUUUAUGCUGGCUUUACAUAUUUAGCAUUUCUGGCGAUAAAAUUUAAAAUUAUUUUCUUUUUUGGAAUCGUUUUUGCUGUUCUAUGUGCAGGAGGCAAAAUAUUCGCUUUUAUCAAAUACUUGGAAAAAGGAAAACACCCUGAAAUCAUAGAACACAGUCCAGAAAAAAUAUACAUCCAACCCCCCAGUCACGGUUACGAUUUUUCAAGUGGUCCUGUUGGCCCCCCUGGAGAUGAUGGCUUCAGUGGAGCUUUUCAGGAUUACCCACCUCAUGAUUAUGAUAAAUUAGAUUCCUACUAUCCACCCUCAUAUGGAAAAGGCCGAAAUAACGAUGACAUUUAUGGGGAAUUCGAAGGUUUUACAAAAAUGUUGAAAACGGCAAAUUUUAGCGAUUUGGCAUUUGAUAAAAUGAAUAUGACCACAUUAGAUUGCAGAAAACGAUUUGUUUGUGAGUCAGAUUAUAAUAUGAACAAAAUAACAAUUUUAAAGGCUGGGUAUGAUAUGUUAAACGAUGAAAGUUACACAAAAUACCGUACAAAAACUCCAGUAGAAUCACUAGAAAAAUGUGAAAAACUAUAUCCAGAUUGUGAAGACUUUAAGCAAAAAUCUCAUUUUUAACAACAUAGCUACCUUAUAUUUGAGUUUAUUUAUUUAUUUAUGUAUUUAUUAAAUAAUGUAAUAUUUUAUUUUAUUUUCUUUAAUUUACCAAAUUAUAAAUAUUAUUCUUACCAGUGUACCAAGUAAGGGCGUCACAUGCAACUGGGAUGGCGUGCAUAUUGUGAAUAGAGUAUAUUUUUUCGUUAGGUUUGCUUUCAAUCAGGGUCUGACAAACCCAGUGACCGUAGCCUAGGCCGCCUUGUUGCUGCGUGUCAAGCUGCGUACUAUGCCUAAACAAGUCCAUUGCUUCUUGUCUUCCUAGGCGUUCAGCAAUUAACGCCUAAAAAUG